AUGGCAUAUAUAAAUGCAGCAUUUCGUUCGUCUCGUAUAAAUGAAGUCUAUUUAUUCGUGAAGAACGAGUAUGUGCUAGUGAACUAUGCUCCAGGCACGAAAGACGACAAGACUGUGCUUUUGGGUCUCAUCAUAAGGAUCAAGCAUUCAUCUGGGAAUCUCUGUGCACAGAUUAACUACGCACCACACACCGCAAAUGAUAGGAUAAUCACAAGACCAAUGACCAUCACUGCAAUGUUCCCCUUCUUCAAAGGGACAGUGUUUGAAAAUGGCGUAGACACCGCGUUUGAGUCAACGAAAAACUAUGAAGCUUACCUCUUCAAAGACAACCAGUAUGCUCUUAUUAACUACGAUUAUGAUUCCCACCUCAUCUCCAUCCGUCUCAUCAAUCGAGGCUUUCCUAGUUUGAAAAACACCAUCUUCGAAAGUGGAAUUGAUGCAGGGUUUUCUUUGCACAAGACUAAUGAGGCAUACCUAUUCAAAGGAGAUUACUACGCUCGCAUCAACUUUGCUCCCGGCACCACAGAUGACUACAUCACUGGUGGCAUCAAGAAGAUCCUUACCUAUUGGCCCUCUUUACGUAGCAUCUUGCCACUCAAAAAUAGUGGAUGA